AUGAGCUUUAGACGCCAGCCUUUGGACAGGGUUAAUCCCAGGUUUGUUCCUCCAAGUCGGCAUACAAUCUUUAUUCGCGGCCUUCCCGGUUCAACUAAUGUAGACUCGGUCAAAAAUCACUUUUCUUCUGAAACGAGUUCAAAGUGCACGGUUGAGUUCUUUUCUACCUCGGAGGACAAAGUCAGGUUUUCUGUUGCAAUAAGGUUUAAGAGCCAUGAAACCGCGCGAGAGAUGUUGGAAAAGUACAACGGCAAGGAACUGCUUGGUCAUCCGGUCGAAGUUACUUGGUUUAAGGAUCUGAAAAAGGCUAGGGCUCGAGUUUAUGAGGAACAAAGACACAGUCGUUUUCGUGCUGUGAGAGGAGGAUUCAGGGGUAAUCAUAGAGGGUUUCCUGAUCGUCGAGGUCGUGCAUAUUCGCCCAACCGUACUAGGGAACGUUCCUAUUCCGGAGGUCCUCCUUCUGGGAGGCGAUUUGGCAGCCGCCCAUCAGUUUCUUCUCAUUCAUCAUCACGAUCUCGCGUAGGCUCCACGACCCUCUCUCCUAAACGGAGACGAUUGGCACACGACUUAGAAAAUGAUUCUAUGCAAGCCAAUGAAGGUAUCUCGAGAAUGUCGCGUGGGAGGUUUAGGAAAUCUCGAAGCGCUUCCUCCCGUUCUCGUUCGUCAUCGCAUUCGAUUUCAAAUCGAUCGCUUUCUAACCGGGGCAAUUUGCCUCCCCGACGUGGCUCAUUUCCAUAUCGUGGAUCGGCCAUCAGACAAUCUGGCCAGGGUGGUAAAUCACCGGACAACACUCGUUCUAGCUUUUCCAACGCCCCGUUGGUUAGCGGUGGUGAACGUGAAGGUAGCGGGUUGCUGAGUGGUUUGAUUCAGUUGUCUUCAAAGCGUCUGCAGUCACAACCUCCGCAGUUCCGUGAGUCUGCAUCUCGGAGUCGCUCGGUAUCUUCUCGUUCCUCCUCAAAAUCAGCGUCGCCAAGGCGCCAGCACCAACGGCAGAAGCAUCAUUCUCCAAUUUUAACGGGACUUCUUCCCAAAAACUCUAAGAGUCCUUCUCUCGCUAAAGAACUGAAACCUUCAACAGUUCUUACUGGUUCAAAUUGGAGACCAGUGAAUUUUUCCGAGGAGGCCGUUCGCGAUUCGGCACCGUCUGGCUCCCUUUUCGCUGCCUAUAGUGGGAAGCCCACUGUUGCUAACAGUAAAAUCAUUCUCUCUCCUCUUAUCACUCACAAAGCUGGAAACAAAUUGGCUGACAUGGACACUGAUAAUAGCAGCAGGAGUCGUCGUAGCAGCCGUAGUAGUAGCAAUCGCAGCCAUAGACAGAUUGAAGCUAGUCCUCCAACUAUCGAAAAGCCGGUGAUCAGAGCACAAAAUAAGUCUCGGGAGGAGACUGCCGCUCUAGAGAUGCCUCAGAUAACUCCAAAUAGCAAAGGUCCUAAAGACAAACAGACUCUCAUUCAGGAUAAAAAAGUGGCUAUCGAAGAGGAAUAUAAGAAGGAUUGUGAAACGUUUGCUACUGUUGUGAAGACUCUCAUCAGCAAGGACAAUGAAUUGGAGGAGCGAUUGUUACCGUUGUUGAAGAAGAUUCUGCACGAGCGCGGUCAGCGAAGCAUUGAGGAUUUGCGGGUCUACAUUGAGAGCGUGGAGAAUGGAAAUGCUGGAGCGCUUAAUUGA